CAGCUACUUCAACCUCACCAAGUCCUCAGAGGAAGGAUAAAAAGAACCAAUAAUGCAAGAAAUCAAGGGAAUCACAUCAUUCGAAUUAUAGACCGUCCUUCUGCCUUGUUCUUAAACAACCCAGAAAAGAAACAUGGAAGCAGCUCAUCUUGAUUUUAUAAUAAGGGAUUCAGGGGAGGGAAGACAGCGUACUGGGAGAUCUAAACACGCCGUGCCUCGAAAACGACGACAUGGCUCCAAGGCUCAUCCGGCCCGAGCCCCUAAGCAGAAACCCGCAAGCCUUCACCUCAAAUGUCCCUUCGCCGAGAGAUCACCGUAUUUAUAUGCACAAGACCCUCCAUGGGCCUGUUCCGCGAGUGCAUAUGAGGACUUGUCCAGCUGGCGGGACCAUGUCAAAAGAACGCACGACCCCCGCUACAACUGCGAGUGCGGUGCGCGCCACCAGGGCCGGGACGACAGCGUCGCCAAGUUCCAACAGAAACACGCCGAGUGCCGCAGGAAACACCCCCCUCCCGCCCCGCCUUGCGGGUUCCGACCCGAAAUCAUGACGCCGGCGCAGCACGAGCGGUACCGCAAGCUCGACUGGCGCGGGAAGAACAAUGUCCCUAUUCACGACAAGGUCCGGAAGGUAUGGGAGGCUCUUUUCCCGGACGAGAUGCUGCCAGAUAACCUAUGGAAAGAGACGGACAGAGCCAAUCCGCCGCUGACCCCUGGUCAACCUCAGCCUCCACCUGACACGAGAGGCAACCUCUGUGACGAGAAUGGCGCCACGGAAAACGAGACGACUGACAGACCCCUAUUUAUGAUGCAAGUUCAGUACUUCUCCGAAGGAGGCUCCUACGAACUAUUCCCGGAGGGCCAAAGAGACCAUGACGCUUUACGGAAGAAAUAUGACACCAUUGGAGAAAGGGAUUCCGGUUACGAUUCGAUAGCCCCAGAAGGAGAAGAAAGCGACAAAUAUCUACCCAUGGUGGCAGGACCAGCUCCGGCCUUCAACGCCAAUAUGCCCUCGAUGAACAACUCUAUGGUGGCGUCAACGACGUUUGAUGAGUCUUCCAUGGGUACAGGUACAGCCUUUGACAUAUUGCCGGAGCAGGACUUUAAACAAUGGGAUUGGGACCUCGAGCUCUGGAACGAAAUAUAAGAGACCGGUCAGGUUGGGAUGGGGGGGUAAGAAUUGAGAGCGGAUAGACUGUGCUGGCCAGGGAAUUUGGAACGGAGGGUUUGGCUGUUAAAAUUGUUACUAAAGGGGUUAUCCGUGUGGGCUAUCAUGCCGUCGGCCUUCUGUGCCUGGAU